GGAGUUGGAGCAACGUGUUUUGUUCACUUCCUGCGUUUAAAUAAAGUUAUCUCCUCAGGUCCACCAUGGGAGCUGUUACAGAUGGUAAGUUGCUCUGAAUUCAUGGAUAUAAGCUCUCUGCUAAAAAUAAUGAGUAUAAAUAUUUUCCGAAGCUGUUAACAAAUAAUACAUAAACAGUUGUGCUGCUUUAAUGCAUCAUGUUUGCGUGCUUACCAAAAUAGCUAACCCACAGUAGCCACCAUGUUAGCUCAAGGCUAACAGUUCCCUCUCGGAGGUUGUUGUUGUUUUUCUUUGUUACACCUGAAAGGUUGAUCAUUUCUCUAUUUCACCUGUUUUAGACGAGGUUAUCAGGAAACGUCUUCUCAUCGACGGUGAUGGAGCAGGAGAUGACCGCAAAAUUAAUCUGCUGCUCAAGAGUUUCAGUAAAUGGUGCAACUCGCCUCUGACCCCGGAGGAAGGGUAAGUCAGCUGACAUCUCGAGACCCCGACUUAUAACCCUGAUACAGUCUGUGGUAGUCCAAAGUGAGUCACAUACCGUGCGGUCCUUUUUCAGGUUCACGCAGUAUCAGAGGAUGUUGGGCACACUGGCCCAGUGUGAAUUUUCCAUGGGGAAGACCUUAAUGGUUUACGACAUGAAUCUUCGAGAAAUGGAAAAUUAUGAGAAAAUCUACACCGACAUAGGUAAGAGGAAAAGAAGUGUACAUUUUGAACAGAUACACACCCUCACCCCAUAAGUUUACUUUCUCACAUACUUAACCCUCCUAUUAUCCUUGGGGUCAAUUUGACCCCAUUCAAUGUUCAUCAUUUAAAAAAUAAUAGUUGACUUUUGUUUUUUGCUUCAUAUUUCAUGACUUUUCCUAAUUUGAUGGGGACAACUGAUUUAGCAUAACAUUUUCAUGAUGUAUUUUUACUGUGUUGUACAUAUAUUGCACACAACUGUGUUCCUCUGUGAUCAGUUUGACCCCAAGCUGUUUUGGCUGUGUAAAUCUUGCCUGUCUGUGUGUGUGACCUAACAUCCCCAUACCUACAGGUGCAGAGUUGAUACUUUUGAGUUGAUACAUAACAGGGGGGUGGGGAAAACAACUAUUCCCUCCAGAACUUUGAUACUUCUCAUGGUGUGGACCAGUGUUGUUUUUGUUGACGAUGACAUUGACGAAAAUAUUUUUGUGAUGAAAAUAUUUCGUCAACGCCACUUUUUUUCCACGAUGAAGACGUGACAUUGACGAACUAAACAUAAGUCUUAGAUGACUAGAAUGUGCGUUUACGGUGACGAGACAAGACUAGACGAAAACGUUAGUGGUGGGUGACGAACAGAGUUGCAAAAUUCAUGAGCAUUUCAUCAGUCAAACGCCAAACAUAUAGGAGCAGCUUCAGUCUGCUCUGACAGCUGUCAUCAGCCCGCUGUGCUCCUCCAACACACACACACACACAGUGUUGUUUUCGUUGAUGAUGACUUUGACGAAAUAUUUUUGUCAAUGUCAUCAUCAACAAAUAAACAAAGUGCCUGACAAAAAAUCUUGGUCAACAAUUGCAUGUAAAUCAUUUUCUGGAGGCAAAUACCUGGUGUCGGAUUGACCCCAAUGGUAAAAUGUGUAAUAUUUGAGGAUAAUUGGAGGGUUAAGAACACGUUAUCGAUAUACAAGGAUUUCCUGCUGAAAGAUUUGUGCCAUUUGAUUUCACACUACCUAUCUGUUCACUCAGAGAAUAGGUAGGCCAGAGUAACCAUGAAAGUGCUUGGGUAUUAAAAUGUCCCUCUCAAACUUUACAUUUCAGAACAAAAUAUCACGUCUGCACAUGAGAAAAUAGCAGAAUGCAAAAAAGAAAUCCUGAGGGCAAAGAGGAUAAGAAAAAACCGACAAGGUAAGAAUGGCUGUCCUUCUGCUUCAGGGACUGAUAAUCAUUGGUCAUGUUUUUCACAUCACUCUGAGAUACUGAACCAAAGAUCAUCUUAAGUGCUUGACAUUAUUUCUUCUCAGUAAUAUAAUCUUAAUAAACAUUUAAAAAGUACUUACUACACUGAGUUUUUUUUUUUUUACAACCCCAACUGCAAAAAGAUUGAAGCUGUGUACUGAACUGAACUGGGGAGAACAUUCACAACAUAACACUGGCCUCCUCUGUAGUUAAAAAGAAGUGUUAAGUGGUAAAUGUGCCCCUGUCCAAACUUUCUCACAGUGAUCAAAUUUAAACAGGCCUGUAUUUUUUUCAUACAACAGCAAAAAUUCAACUCCAACAUGCGGAAAAUUAACUUGGUGUCAAACACAUUGUAACACUGAGUUAGGCACCCCCUCGAGAGAUGAAUAUUGCCGACUGCUUGCUUCUCUACUUAUACCAACUUUAGUAACAACCUCAGGAUAGCUAUACACAGCUGUCUGAUGAGCCAUACACAAACCUCAACUAAAACACCACUCUAUAGCCACAAAUAAUGCUCAGAACAGCACCUAACUUCAUCAACAGUACAUAUAGGGUCCCAGCCAUAGCACUAGCCACCAAACAUCUUUUUAACUUUGCCUGAUUUCUUUAGCGAAGAGACUGAACUCAACUCACCUACUCUCUUCCAUGUGAUACAGUGUCUGUAAUAGUAAAAUUAGAUGUUUCCUUAUAUCAUAACUUGCAAAUGUUCAACCUGUGCUGGGUCAUACAGGUAUGCUGCAGACCACUAUCAGUUAUCACAAACUGAUAAAAAAACACAGUUUAAAAAGAAUAGACCAAGAGACUUAGGAUUUUAGCUUUAGGAUCAGAUUAAAAAAUUAAAUCAGCAUUUUUCCCUGCUUUAUCAACAAGGGUGUCAAUUAUUUUCAGUUUCAUGAUACAAAAAAACAGCACCAAAUAUUUUGAUUUGAAUUUUUUUCUUUUUUUGCAUUUUCACUUUUGAUUAUUUUCUUCCAGAGUACGAUGCUUUAGCUAAAGUCAUACAGCAACACCCAGACCGGCAUGAAACACUAAAGUAAGUCAUUGGCUUAUUCAUUUGCAUUCAUUGCCACUUUUCUUUUCUUUUCUUUUUUUUUCGAUACAAUUUUUUUAUCCUGUAUAGGUGUGUAGACUUGUGGCUUUUAUUUUGGUUUGCUUAAUUUUGUGUACACCUUAACAGGCAGUUGGAGGCACUUGACAAAGAGCUCCAGCAGCUGUCUCAUAUCAAGGAGAAUGUAGAUGCAAAGGUAAAGCCCCAUGUGACGAUAUUGUUUAAUAUUCAAACUGCAGUUUCUUGAAUCAUGAGUUGUGUUUAAAUGUUGUAAAUUCACUUUUGUCCCACCUAGUUGGAGUUACGGAAGAAGCAGUUCCAUGUGCUCCUCAGUACCAUACAGGAACUACAGCAGACCCUUGAGAGUGAGUGACAUUUUCAAUUCGAUGUUGUGCUUUUUAAUGUCCCUGGGUUGUCCUUACUGUAUUCAACAACUUCUUUUUCGAUACAAGACCAUAGACCGUACUGCUUGUAAUCACCUCUCUCUUUCCUAGAUGAUGAAAAAUCUGAAAAUGAUGACAACAAUCAGGGGAGCCCUGCAGGGAACAGUGAAUGAACGUGCGGAAUUAACCCUUUUAAUGAUUUUUGCUGUUGUGUAAGAUGUUUUGUAUGUAUUUUUGAAUAAAAUUGACUUGUUCACAUAAA